GAAGGAGUGAUCUUUGGCAUACCAGGAGAAGAGAGGAAAAAUUGACCCCUCUUAUCUCUCAAUCUUUCAUCCUUCCACUCCCUUCACACUCUCGUCUCCUGGGCUGUCCCCGGCAGCAUUAACGGUUAGUCAGCCAGUUUAUUAUAAUUCUUUCUUAAUUCCUAAACCAACGAAAACAAUCUUCCUCUAUAUUCUUAUCCUUAAGUUGAAAUUAAGAAGAGCAAAAGUAAAGAUUAAAUAUGAGAGCAGGAAUGGUAGGCAUUGUUCAUGGUGGUCCAACUCUCACUUUCCACGCCACUCCUUCAAGGCGGCGCUUCUUCCCACCUCGCACUCUUCAAGUUCGAUGCUUUUCCUCCUCUGGACAUAUAUCAUUUAUAAAGGAUGUUGCUUGCACUCAACCCCCGGAACAUCUUCAUCAGUUGUUAAAUGUGCUACAAACAAAAGGUGAAACUAUCAUUUCUCCAGGAUCUAGGCGGGGCUUGAUUCCUCUUGUUAUUCCUCUAUCUGAAAAUCCAUCAGCAGGUGCUGUAACUGCAUUGCUGCGAUGGCCAACAGCUCCACCGGGGAUGGAGAUGCCAGUUGUGGAAGUACACAAACAUGGGGUGUGGCUUUUGGCGAAGAAUGUGGAUCAAUAUAUUCACAGAAUUGUUGUCGAGGAGGAUGCAUUGAGCAAGGACGAUGUCGGGUAUGCUCUUUAUGCAGCUUCUUCUGAGGCUGGUGAAAAGCUUUAUAAGAGGGGGGACUUUGCUGAGUCUAGGACUCCUAACCUUGAUAUAUAUCUUCUGAAAUCGGUCGGGUUGUUUCCAGAUGUUCUAGAGAGAAAAGUGAUGCGGCAUUUUGAUGAUGGUGAUUAUGUUUCAGCAUUGGUGACUGGAGAAUUCUAUACAAAAAAGGACCUUUUCCCUGGUUUUGCGCGGCCUUAUGUUUUCAAUGCAAAGAUCUUGUUGAAGGUUGGCCGCGUUUCAGAAGCUAAAGAUGCUGCAAGAGUGUCACUUAAAUCACCAUGGUGGACUUUAGGUUGUCCAUACCAGGAAGUUGCUGAUAUGGCACAAUGGGAGGACGAACAAAUCGAAUACAUAAAGGAGAAGGUGACAGAAGAGGGCAGGCAAGAAGAUUUGAAGAAAGGAAAAGAACCAAUCCAGGUAGCACUAGAUGAAGCUGCUUUUCUGUUGGAUUUGGCUUCCAUUGAGGGAUCUUGGGAUGAAUGUUUAGAGCGAGUUGCUGAAUGCUACAAGGAAGCUGGAUUGGAUAAAAUUGCUAGCUUUGUUUUGUAUAGAGACUGACUAGAAAAAGAGGUGAUGUGCUCCAUUUUCGAGUUUUGAUCGGUCUCGAAGUUUAUUCAACCAUCUGGCAGUUUUAACUUCUCUUUUUGUUGUAUACACAACUAAGAAAUAUAGUAUUCAGAAGAGAGAAAAUCUUGUAUAGUAUUAUGAAGAUGCGAUUGAAAUACUAGUAUCUGCUUGACAGGAAUACAAAUUUUCACAUUAUAUCAACAAUUUUGCAAGAUUAGUUAUUACCA